GGGCCUGUUGCACAAAAGUAGAAUUAAGACAUCCGGGAUAAAUGACUCAGCUGAGCUCAAUGAAGCCAAAACAUGUGCGUCCAGGCUUAAUUGGUUGCACAAAGACCAAGCCAGGAUGAGCAGACACGGAUUCAUUAAGCCAGGUGAAACCAAUCCUGGAUAGGUGCGCGCUCACGGCUCACUCAAAUAGACCCCGCCACAGAUCACAGAUUAACUGAUUUACCAUGGCAACUAGAGCCGCGUACUUUUCCCCGUCGGAAGCACAAAUCCUCAUGGAGGCAUACGAGGAGGUAAAAUAUAUAAUUAAGAAGAAAGGCAACACCGCCACAGUGAUAAAGCAAAGAGAAAAAGCGUGGCAAAGUAUUGCAGACCGCCUGAAUGCAUUAAACAUGAACGGGCCAAAACGGACAUGGCAGCAGGUCAAAAUCAAAUACAAGAACAUUCUGCAGAAUGCAGUGAAAAAGAAUACCCACAGACAAGGCACAGGUGGUGGGUCACCAAAGGCUGACCUUACCCCAGCAGAGGACAUGGCCUUGGAGCUAAAUAAAGGCAGGCCCGUCUUAGAGGGGAUACCUGGGGGGAAAGAGACGAGCAUAGGUUCCUCCCAAGAUGCCACCCGCUUCAUUCAAGUGUCUGGCAGCACUGUGUUCCUGUUAGAGCCACCAGCACAAGCACCAGACGAUGCUGAUCCAGGUGAAGGCCCCAGUGCAGCAGCAACAGCACAUGAUGGAGACGAUGAUGAGGAGGAGACCAUCUCUCUGGAUUCCAGAAGGCAUGAGGACCCAGAUGCUAUACAGUGGGAAAACCAGCCUGGCAACAUAAGCUCACAAGCUAUCAGAAAGUUGUAUGGCAACCACCUCCGGCACCAAAUAGAACUGGCAGACAUAGACAUUCAGUACAAGAAGAAAAAGAUGGAAAAUCUUGCACUGGAGUCCGAAAUAAAAAAGAGGACAAUUAGGAAACUGGACCUUGAAAUAAAAAAACUUGAGGGAGCUCCAAGAAGAUGACACAGCUCAAAAUAAAAAUUAGCAAUCAGUACAACCAAGUCAUCGUUAUAAGGCAUCGCCCUCUUUUGCCCACCCCCCCAGCACCAGGUGUGGCCACUAGCCUAUAUGAAGGCCCAAAAUUGUGUGUUCCUUUCUGCUCUGACAAUGGCAUGCCCAUUCGUGCGAGAUGUGGUGGAUGAAGAAGCACUUGUGCUGAGGAGAGCCUUCAGGCGAGAAAGGGUCUUCAGGGACCGGUUGGACCCACUGGCCUUCCCUGAUGACCAUCUAUAUGAAAGAUACAGGUUUUCUGCAGAUGGCAUCAGGUAUCUAUGCAGACUACUGGGUCCCAGGAUUAAGCACCGCACUGCACGGAGCCAUGCACUGAGUGUGGAGCAAAUGGUUUGUGUGGCCUUGCGCUUUUUUGCUAGUGGAGCCUUCCUGUACU